AUGUCCGUCCAACCUGAACUCGCUGCAAUUAAUUGGAAUAACCUAUUUGCUAUAGAACAAACUCUCCUCGUCCAACAAUCAACAGAUUGCUCUCUCUUCUCUGACAUCUUUUCUCAUAACGCUGCAGAUGCUGACCAUGAUAAUGUCCCACCAUCAACUCAAUCCUAUUCUCCAGCACAACUUAAACACAUCAUUGAUUCUUCAGGGAACCUCCCAUUUAAUGAUAUCCCAGACCUCCCAAAAUCAUCACUCGAUCCUCCUCAACUAAACCUUUGGGCUGCUCUUCUCUCAAAUUAUCGCAAUGCUGCUCAGCGAAUCCCACAUUACGCAGUCUCAGCCAUCCAUAGUGGUAUCCCCCCAGCCCUCCGUGGUGCAGCUUGGCAGGUAAUGGCCGAAUCUUCUUCCAAUGCUGCUCUCGACUCUCUCUACGAUAGCUUGGCCGAAGAAUGGACCCCCUUUGUCAAAAUCAUUGGUCGAGACCUUAACAGAACUUUCCCAGAAAUAAAAAUGUUUCAAGAACGUGGAGGCCCAGGCCAAGUCAAGUUGGGUCGUGUUCUUCGUGCAUAUGCUGCUUACGAUAUCCAAGUGGGUUAUUGUCAGGGGUUAACUUUCCUUACUGGCCCACUACUCCUUCACAUGGAUGACAGAGCUGCAUUUUGCACUUUGAUCCAACUCAUGGAGGAUUACAACCUUCGCUCAAUGUUCACAGCUGAUAUGGCUGGCCUUCAACUCCGCCUCUACCAGUUUGAACGACUUUUUGAAUCGGAACUUCCAGAACUCCAUGCCCAUUUCCUUGCUCUUGGGGUUUCCAACAUCUACGCUUCACAGUGGUUCCUCUCCUUCUUUGCAGUCACAUGUCCGCUCGCCAUGCUGGUCCGCCUCUUUGACUUGGUUUUUGCCGAGGGGGCAAUCCCGACCCUCAUGCGCACAGCCUUGGCUCUUCUUUCGCGAAACUCGCCGAUCCUUAUGGCUUUUGAUGCAGACGAGCAAAUUCUCCAGCAUGUUCUUGGGAGAUCCGUCUGGGACGUCUUCCAAAACAAUCCAGAUACUCUGAUUGCCGAUGUUGUGACUUUCCCGACCUGCUCUAUGAACCAUCUCAAAACUCUUGAAACUGAGUUCAACUCAAAUGGGAAACCUAGAAUGACCAACGGCGAAAAGCCUUCUAAACAGACAUCUUCUUCCACUACAAACCAUAAUGUUCCCCUUAACAAAUUUUCGAUGUUUUUUACUCAACAAGUACCAAUGGCCUUCAAGUGGACUACUCCAGACUCAGCCUCGCCCACGAAUGUAGAAGAUCCUCAGGCAACUUCCUCAACAACAACAACUCCAUCAACUUCAACCACGUCGUUACCAUCCACAAACACUGCAACAACAACAACAACUUCGUCAAUUGCUACGCAUUCUAACGCAACACCAACGUCCUCCAGGGUUCCUUCUUCGUCAUUGACUCCAUUUUAUCAAGCCAAUAGACUCUCUGUAGCUUCCUUGGAUUCUACAGAUUCAUCCUCAUCAACAUCCUCAUCCAGCCGUAUAUACUCUGGUUCUAAUACAGCUUCUUCAGUAAGUUCAUUUACUAUCUACGAUGGUCCACCAUCUCGGCCAUCACUAAUUGGACCCUCCAAGUCCGAUGAAACCCUUGUUCUUCGUGAAAAAGUUGCUGCUUUAUCCGCGGAGGUUGAAAAGCUGCGGUUUGAACUUACCCAACGUGAACGUAUCAGCCAACCUUUGGAAGAAAAGUCUCAAGAAGUUAACAACGAUGAUGAUGAUAAUGAUGACGAAAAACAUCCUUGUGAGACGUGUGAAAAAUUACGAAUGGAGCUUGCGCUGGCCAAAACAAACGAGGCUUUGGCUAACGCAGAAAUUGAAGAAUUGCGGCACGCAUUACUGGCACGUAAACGUUCAGGAGCCCACGCCCCUUCUGCGUCGGUAUCUGUGUGCAGUUCGUCUAUAAACAACCCUAAUGCUGCUACUAAUAUCAAAGAUCCAAGUGAAAAACCUUUAGGUCCUGCAACUCGUGGAUGGACUAUUUGGUAA